AUGUGUGUAAGAGUACAUUGCAUACUAAAAAAACUAAUGAUGGAUAGAAUGACAGAGGAUGCUCUUCGCCUGAAUCUGUUGAAGCGGAGCUUGGAUCCAGCUGAUGAGCGAGAUGAUGUCCUGGCUAAACGACUCAAAAUGGAGGGGCAUGAGGCCAUGGAACGUCUGAAAAUGUUGGCACUGCUCAAACGAAAGGAUUUGGCAAAUCUUGAGGUGCCACAUGAGUUACCCACUAAACAAGAUGGCAGUGGUGUCAAGGGCUAUGAAGAGAAGCUUAAUGGGAAUCUCAGGCCUCAUGGAGACAACAGGACUGCUGGAAGGCCAGGCAAAGAAAACAUCAAUGAUGAACCUGUAGAUAUGAGUGCUAGACGGAGUGAACCAGACCGAGGAAGGCUAACUCCCUCCCCAGACAUCAUUGUUUUGUCUGAUAAUGAGGCUUCCAGCCCCCGUUCCAGCUCCCGAAUGGAAGAAAGACUCAAAGCAGCCAACCUAGAGAUGUUUAAGGGGAAAGGCAUUGAAGAACGGCAGCAGCUCAUCAAGCAGCUGAGAGAUGAGCUGCGAUUGGAAGAAGCCCGACUGGUGCUGUUAAAGAAACUGAGACAGAGUCAGCUACAGAAAGAGAAUGUGGUUCAGAAGACUCCAGUUGUACAAAAUGCAGCAUCUAUUGUUCAGCCAUCUCCUGCCCAUGUGGGACAGCAAGGCCUGUCCAAGCUUCCCUCUCGGCCUGGGGCCCAAGGGGUUGAACAGAAUUUGAGAACAUUACAGGGUCACAGUGUCAUCCGUUCAGCGACCAAUACCACCCUCCCACACAUGUUAAUGUCUCAACGUGUGAUUGCGCCAAACCCAGCCCAGCUACAGGGUCAGCGGGGCCCACCUAAGCCUGGCCUUGUACGCACCACAACACCCAAUAUGAAUCCCACCAUCAAUUACCAACCGCAGUCAAGUUCUUCUGUUCCCUGUCAGCGCACAACAUCCUCUGCCAUCUAUAUGAAUCUUGCCUCCCAUAUCCAGCCAGGGACCGUGAACAGAGUGUCCUCACCACUUCCUAGCCCCAGCGCCAUGACAGAUGCUGCCAACUCACAGGCUGCAGCCAAAUUGGCUCUUCGCAAACAGCUGGAAAAGACACUCUUGGAGAUUCCACCCCCUAAACCACCUGCUCCCUUGCUUCACUUCCUGCCUAGUGCAGCCAAUAGCGAGUUCAUCUACAUGGUAGGCUUGGAGGAAGUUGUACAGAGUGUCAUCGACAGCCAAGGGAAAAGCUGUGCCUCUCUUCUGCGGGUCGAACCCUUUGUUUGUGCCCAGUGCCGCACAGAUUUCACCCCUCACUGGAAGCAGGAGAAGAAUGGUAAGAUUCUAUGUGAGCAGUGUAUGACCUCCAACCAGAAGAAGGCUCUAAAGGCAGAACACACCAACCGGCUGAAAAAUGCUUUUGUUAAAGCCCUACAGCAGGAACAGGAAAUUGAACAGCGAUUGCAGCAGCAGGCAGCCCUCUCCCCCACUACGGCUCCAGCUGUGUCCAGUGUCAGUAAACAGGAGACCAUAAUGAGACAUCAUACGCUUCGGCAGGCUCCACAGCCCCAAAGCAGCCUCCAGCGUGGUAUACCCACAUCUGCCCGUUCUAUGCUUUCCAACUUUGCACAGGCACCCCAGCUGUCUGUGCCGGGUGGCCUCCUUGGUAUGCCAGGUGUCAACAUUGCAUACUUGAACACUGGUAUUGGAGGACACAAAGCCCCCAGUCUGGCAGACCGACAGCGGGAAUACCUUUUAGACAUGAUCCCUCCCCGGUCUAUAUCGCAGUCCAUCAGUGGACAGAAAUAA